UUUACUAGAAUGGAUGCGGAUAUACCGUUGAUUCCAUCACAACCUGUAGAAGAAUAUGUGAUACCUGAUGGUUCACUUGUUGGUCCGGGAGAUGGAGUGGAAAUCGUGCCAUCAAGUGAAUUCGUCACACCGCUGUCGCCUACAAAGCGAUUUGGCACUCGCAUAGCUGAAGACGCUAUGAUCCCGCCAGAAUCUCCUGACAUGAAAUUUGCUCGAGAUCGCCUCGGAACACUGCUGACAUCGAUGCGACAUGGUGAUACGCCUUGGUUGAAUCCAGCUGAUAGAAAGCAGAGCAUCACACCUCCAGAACUUCGACGAGGUCCAGGACGCCCGAGAAAAAUCCAGAAUAAGGACAAACAAGUCGUUUUCGAGCUGCGCGGGAAACCGUUUGGACUGCGAGACGGUCAAACCGAUUCAAUGUACCAGUUGUGUAGAGCCUGGAUGCGCGGUAAAGCUAGUGAACCACCGGAACCGCAGCCGGUUGUACCACCGCCAAUUGAUACCUCUCUGGAUCUCCUUGUGAUGAGAGAUAUCACAGCGUUACCACGUGCUCGGUCUCCUUAUCCGGAAGAGUGCGAAUGGCCUGAUAAGUCCACUAUCGAUAAGUUCGACGCUACUGUAGAUCCACAUAAUCUGCUAGCCUUGCGACAAGAAUAUGCUAGACAUUGGAAGCAAGUCAAGGCUGGGUGGAAAGCACAUACACGGCGACGAGCUCAGCGCUACCAUAGAAGCAUACGACUAUUAGAAACGGUCUAUCAAAUCAACCAAGAAAGCACAGGGUAAAGUUAGAAAACUAAGCAUCUCCCUGUCAAGCACCUGUUAAAAUUCUUACCUUGGUAUUCAAAUCUCAAUCUCCUAAUAUUCACAGCUUUUUCCAAAUGUGAGGUAUAUUUUGUGUAUAUAAAUGCUCAUUAUUAUUUCCUUAGUAUUUCAACAAGUUUUUAUUGCUUCAUUCAUGCUUUUAUGAUGUCUUAUGUGUC